AUGCGAGAUAAGAAGGUGACUGAGUUUGAGACCUUGAGACAGGGGAACAAGACUAUUGCAGAGUAUGAGGCUCAAUUUGCUGAAUUGGCUCGUUUCGCACCACAUAUGGUGGAUACGGAUUACAAGAAGGAAAGAAAGUUUGAAGGUGGGUUACGAACUGCUAUUCUCGACCAAAUUAAUGUAUUGAAACUACCCACGUAUGUUGAUGUGUUGGAAAGGGCAGUGAUUGUUGAAGGUAAUGUUGCAGCUCAAAGCCGGGUCUCGGAAUGGAGAGGGAAAAGACAGAAUAUUCAAACCUCAAGGGGCUUGGUGACACCGCCAAGUAAGAAGUUAAAUUCAGGAACUUCUAGUACAUCCGCCUCUACCAGUGACUCUGCACCAAUUUGCUCGGAUUGUGGAAAGAGACACCACGAGUUACCAGGAGAGUUAGUGGAUCGUGAAAUCGAGUUUACAAUUGAUAUUGUGCCAAGAACUCAGCCCAUUUCUAAAACCCCUUAUAGAAUGUCUCCCGUUGAAAUGAAAGAGUUGAAGGUCCAAUUGCAAGACCUCCUUGACAAAGGAUUUAUUCGUCCAACUUAUGAGAAUCAUCUACGGAUAAUUCUUCAGACUCUUCGGGAUAAGAAACUGUAUGCAAAAUUAAAGAAAUGUGAAUUUUGGUUACAUGAAGUAGGAUUUUUGGGACAUGUGGUGAAGAAGGAGGGUAUUGCUGUUGAUCCACACAAGAUUGAAGCUAUUGAGCUGAAGACAAGGUUAACUACAACACCUAUUCUGGCUUUACCAUCUGGUACCAAAGGAUUUGAGAUUUAUAGUGACGCUUCUCACAAAGGUUUGGGCUGUGUAUUUAUGCAAAAUAGAAGGGUUAUUGCAUAUGCCUCUCGUCAACUUAAACCCCGUGAAAGGAACUACCCCACAUACGACCUUGAGCUAGCUGCAGUGGUUUUUGCUUUGAAAAUAUGA